UUUUCUUUCUCAGGGGUCGUGGAAGAUCAAUUUAUUUUGUAGCUACGUACUACUCUUUUUCACCAUUUUUUUUCUAGUUCGGGUAUCAUGUUCAACGAGAAUGUGACCUUUUCAAUAAGUAAGUACUGUUUAUUUUUAGUCUCAACAGCUUAAAGUCGCUGGCGCAACUACUUAUUAAUUUGCUCUCUCUUCGACAAGUUUUUUCCACCUGUGUCAGAGGGACGCAGUAUGGCGCGAUUGGUGGCGACAAGUGCAAACGGAGAGGCGCCUCGUGAGCUGUUGUACGACGGGAAGCUCGUGGAUUGUCGCUCGCCCGCGCCCCUCUUUGGUACACAGGCGGUCGCAGACCUAUCGGCCGAUGAGUGGCGCUGCCAUUUGCGUAUUUUCGAAAGCGCCUGCAAGCGAAAGUGGCGCUUUACGUGGACAACUUUUGAAGUCCGCUGCGAGCUUCUUCUCGUCUACAGUGGCGAGCCGAUUUGUCAACCAUUAGCAAUUCGCUUCGAAGCGGACUUUUCGGAUGCGGACUCGCGGCGCGCAAUCGCGGAAACUAUGAAGUACAAGGUUUUGCACAAGCUGCAGACUAAUGCGUUUACUUCGGUAAGUGUCCGACUGGCGGAGGAACUCGCGGCGAGACUCGACCUUUCGGCGCCGCACACUUUUUACUCUGCAACACGUGUGGCCGUGCCACAUGAGCGACCCAGGUGCUCGACACUAGUUUUCCGCGGCGAAUACACUGGUAGAUUUUCAAGUGAUGUAAAGACCACCGGGGGCCUAUGGCUAUGGGGGUGGAAGCACCGGCUGGCGCUUUCGUACUGUCCACACAGCAAAAGACCAUUGCGCUGGGGCGUGAUUGCGUACAGAAAUCAUAGAAGACGUACUCAGACGGACAGACCUGAGGUCGACGAAAGUGAAAUGCGGAAGCGAAAAAUGCCGUUCUUCAGCGCUACGGAGCUCAGUGAUGGUGAUCGCUGCACUAUCAAGGCCGGGGACGUGGAGAAGAAUGCUAUCGAGAAGAUUGCUGGGCGAUGUACAGCACAAGGACCGGAGGCCAAGAGUUGUUACGCACUGCGUGUCGAGCACAAUUGUCGUUGCUAUUUCAACAUUGACGCGGAUACCCCGCCACUGACACAAUUGUUUCUUCGCGAAAAUUACCAGCACUCCUCUUGUUCUGACAGCCGCACCAGGAGCUUCUGGGCAACUUUUGAGUCUGCUGAGGAUGCGGCGAACUUCGUUGGUGAAUUGAAAGUACUGGAGAAGAUUCUCUCCGAGCCAGACCGAUUCGCCGCGGCCGUGGAGGACGUGAUGCGCGCGGACCCGGAAGCCGGAGAGGAGGAAUGCCUUUCCAACAUUUUGGACGCUGUGUGCAACACAAGUGAUUGGGAACCGCUGGCGUUGUUUCUGGACGACGACGAUCCCGCCGACAUUCGCGAAGUGGAGGACGACGAGGCGACAGUAGCCGUUGUGCGCGAAGUGUUGGAAAACAGACGGAAGGAUGCGUCGGGGAAAAGCUUUCGUGAUCCAAUAACGUUCCGCUUGGGCCUGAAGGCAGUGGCCUCCGGUACCGAAGAAAGCCAGAAAGAAGGAGAACAAGAAGUGAGAGCUUAGCAAUUUGCAGCUGGCACAGUUAUGACGCAGCCCUAUGAGGUGCUAAUUUUUCGGUGCGGGUACAAGCUAUAAGUACCUCCGCCAGCAAUCAUGAUCAUUUUAAAGCUUGAAGACGC